AUGGAUCCUAUACCGUCGACCACUACAGCGCCAGAGGAGCAAACACCGUCACUCGCUUCUGGGAGGAGUAUAUCCUCACUAGCGAGGAUCAAGGAGCUGCUUACCGAAGUAGGGAAUUACGCCUGGGAAGACAGCAUCGAAAUCAUAUCCAACAUCUCGUGGACACCGUCUCUGCCCGACAACUUCCAGGAGAUGUACGGCUACAGCCUAAAGCCGUACCUCCCCGUCAUCAUGUUCGGCAACAACAACCCAGGCAUCCAGAGCUCAUCGCCAGGAUCGAUCCAGGUGCUCCUGGACACGCCGGACCGAGGCACGGGGUAUAUCGACGACUACCGCGGCGCUCUGGUCCAGGGGUAUCGACAGUAUCUGCAGGCGCUGACGAACUGGACGAACACACAGUUCUCGGGCCCCGCCGUACUGGCCGGGAAGCGCGUCGUGUCGAACGAGAUGGGCGCGGUGGAAUUCAAGGCCUAUCAGUAUCCCAUCCCGGAGCUGCUGUGGUCCGUGAAUCGCGCGGUGGCAGGGGGCGUCAACCAGAUGGUCUUCCACGGGCAGUCGUACACGGGCGACUACUACGCCACGACGUGGCCCGGGUACACGGCGUUUUCGUACCUCUUCUCCGAGCUGUAUUCCAACAAGCAGCCGGCGUGGGAGCAUUGCUUCGCCGACGCAGUCAACUACAUCGCCCGAAUCCAGUAUACGCAGCAGACAGGCCGACUGAGGACGGACGUGGCGGUCUACAAUAAGCAGUCUGCGACGAACACCAGCUUUGCGCCGGUCUAUGCUGAUGCGUAUGUGCAGAACGGUGUCCUUGCUCCCCAGGGCCCGGGACACAGGGCCUUUGUCAUCCCUAGCACCAGCAAUCUGACUCUGGCAGCUACCGAGAAACUCCAGCAGUACGCUGAUGCAGGUCUACCGAUCAUUCUCAGCGGCAGAGACCCAGGCUACUACGCAUCUGGGGAUGGCAGUGGAAAAGACGCAGUUGAAAAGGGAAUUGCAUCCCUGAAGAAGCUCCCGAAUGUGUACAGUGUUCCGGCUGGCGAGGUUGCGAACCAGCUCUCUGCUCUGGGAAUCAGACCUCAGAUCCAGAUCCAGACUAACGGGACAUGGUAUACCACCUGGCGGGAAGACGUCCGAACGGGAGUCGACUACGCUUUCAUAUUCAGUGAUAUCAACGCCUCUGUUGGCAAAAUCGAUAUUGCGAGCACGAAGAUUCCAUAUCUCUUGAAUCCCUGGACGGGUGAGGGAAGCCUACUGCUUGAGUAUCAGCAAGAUGAAAACAGCACCGUGAUCCCCCUGACGCUGGCUGGGAAUCAGACUGUCGUCAUUGCCUUCCGCGAGCAGGCGAAUAACACUCUUCUUCAUGCCACUCAACUCCCAUCCACCGUUCUGGGUUAUAGCUACAGCGAGAACGAAGGGUUCGUGCUGCACGUCUCUGCAGGACCAUUCGACAAGCCCUCGCAGGUAUCAGAUGGUCGGACGAUCAGCAAUCUUUCAUCAGCUCCAGCUCCCAGCUUCGUACUCUCAACCUGGACGCUGACGGCCGAACACUGGGAAGCGCCGUCCAACCUGUCUGAUGCAGCAACCAUUGCAGUGAAACACAACACAACGCAUCAGCUAACUUCACCACUCGUCUCAUGGACCGACAUUCCGGGUCUUGCCAAUGCGUCUGGCGUCGGCUACUACACGACAACUAUGACAUGGCCGCCGACGAGUGCUGGCGCAGCAGACGGCGCAUACCUCAUCUUCACAUCAAAGAUCCUCCACGCGGUAAAGGUAUACAUCAACGACCAGCUCCUCCCGCCGGUAGACUACGCCGCCGCACCAGUCAAAGCAGACAUCGGAAAGUACCUCAAGACAGGGGACAACCGCAUCCUGGUUGUCGUGCCCACAACAAUGUGGAACUACCUGCGUAGUAUCCUGGACGAGCUGCAAAAUGCGGGGUUGCCGCCGCUGCUUACCGUGGUGGGCGAUGUGCCGGGACAGACGGAGAAUGGGCUGCUGGGGAGGGUGGAGGUUGUGCCGUAUGUAAACUUGAAGGUGACUUGA